UUUCAGCCCACCGUCAGUGAGUCUGGGACGGACCGCCAGGAACGGAUCGCUCAGCCGACUCUGCGCAAACACUGGUCGCUUAUUAGUAUUUCUUUUUUUUUUUUUUAACGGGACGUCGUGAACUUAACGGGGCGCUGGAUCCUGGGUGGCCGCUAUGGGGGAGCAUACGGCGUUUGUGCUGUUACUGGUGGCGACCUUGACGCUCUCUUCCGAGGUGCCUGCUGAUGACUCACUAGGUUUACUUGCCGAGCCCCAGGUGGCUAUGUUCUGUGGGAAACUCAACAUGCACAUCAAUCUGCAGACUGGUAAAUGGGAGUCUGACCCCUCCGGUAGCAAGAGCUGCAUCGGCACAAAGGAGGGCAUCCUGCAGUACUGCCAGGAGGUGUACCCAGAGUUACAGAUUACUAAUGUCGUCGAAGCCAACCAGCCUGUCAGCAUCCGGAAUUGGUGCAAGAAAGGCCGCAGGCAUUGCCGCAGUCACACAUACAUUGUAGUGCCAUACCGCUGCCUGGUCGGGGAGUUUGUGAGCGACGCUCUGCUAGUUCCAGAUAAGUGCAAGUUCCUGCACCAGGAGCGAAUGGACCAGUGCGAGAGCCACCUUCACUGGCACACUGUGGCCAAAGAGUCCUGUGGAGACCGAUCUAUGAAUCUCCAUGACUACGGAAUGCUGCUGCCGUGUGGUAUUGACCGGUUUCGAGGGGUGGAAUUUGUCUGCUGUCCGGCGGGGGCGGAACAAGAGACCGAUAGUGCGGAGGAGGAAGGGGAGGAGUCAGACGUGUGGUGGGGCGGAGCUGAGAGUGAAUACUCUGAUAACAGCAUGUCCCGUCAGUCGGACGCACAACCCACCGCCGCUGAGGACGACGAACACCAGGACGAAGAGAGCAAGGCUUUUGAAAGGGAUCAGAAUGGAGACGGUGAUGAAGACAAUGACGAGGUCGAGGGAGACUUGGAUGAUGACGUCACAUACGAACGUGAUAGCGAGGAGCGUAAUGCUAACAUCGCCAUGACAACCACCACGACCACCACCACUGAAUCGGUGGAGGAAGUAGUUCGAGCGGUAUGUUGGGCACGUGCUGAGUCCGGCCCGUGUCACGACAUGCUGGAGCGUUGGUACUUCGUGCCUGAGAAGGCCCGCUGUGCCCCCUUCUUGUUUGGGGGCUGUGGGGGCAACAGGAACAACUUUGAGUCGGAGGAGUACUGCCUAGCUGUCUGCAGCAGCUCCUUGCCCACCAUGGCCCCCAGUCCACCAGAUGCUGUGGAUCGCUACCUAGAAGCUCCUGGUGAUGACAGUGGACACGCAGCAUUUCAGAAGGCCAAGGAAAGUUUGGAGGCUAAGCAUCGUGAAAAGAUGUCUCAGGUGAUGAGGGAGUGGGAGGAGGCUGAGAGACAAGCCAAGAACCUUCCUCGUGCUGACAAGAAAAUUGUCAUCCAGCACUUCCAGGAGAAGGUGGAAGCUCUGGAGCAGGAAGCAGCAGGAGAGAGGCAGCAGCUGAUCGAAACCCACAUGGCGCGAGUGGAGGCUUUGCUCAACAGCCGUCGCAGACUGGCUUUGGAAAAUUACCUGAGCGCCCUGCAGGGCAACCCUCCACGGCCUCGCCAGGUGUCGAGUCUGCUGAAGAAGUACGUCCGCGCGGAGCAGAAGGACAAGCAGCACGCUCUGAAACACUAUGAGCACAUUCGCACAGUUGAUCCUAAGAAAGCUGCGCAGAUCCGACCUCAGGUUCUAGCUCACCUUCGUUUGAUUGAUGAGAGGAUGAACCAGUCGUUGGGGCUGCUCUACAAAGUGCCGAGUGUGGCCAACGACAUCCAGAACCAAGUCUCUGUUAUAGUUCAGAGAGUUCAGUCAGAGCUGUCUCAGCAAGUGUCGUCCCUGCAGAGCGACGGGUGGGCUGAUGGCAGGGUGAGUUACGGUAAUGACGCUCUGAUGCCUGAUCAGACCUACAGUUCAGCUCCUUUGGACCCGGGCCUGGAUGGACUGGGCUUCAUCCACCCUGAGAGCUUCAACCAGCCCAACACAGAGAAUCAUGUUGAACCCGUUGACGCUCGCCCAAUUCCAGAUCGAGGACUCCCCACACGACCUGUAUCCGCCCUUAAACCGUACGAGAUGCCGCAAGUGCGGAUGGCAACUGGGGAAAGGCAAAGUGCUGGAUAUGAAGUUCACCAUAAAAAACUGGUAUUUUUUGCCGAAGAUGUGGGAUCCAAUAAGGGUGCCAUUAUCGGGCUUAUGGUCGGAGGGGUUGUCAUAGCGACAAUCAUUGUCAUUACCUUGGUGAUGCUGAGGAAGAAACAAUACACUUCCAUCCAUCAUGGUGUCAUUGAGGUGGAUGCAGCAGUGACACCGGAGGAGCGUCAUCUGGCCAAGAUGCAGCAGAACGGUUACGAGAAUCCCACCUACAAAUUCUUUGAGCAGAUGCAAAACUAAGCAAGUGACCAUCAACAUUUUGUUUCGAAUUAACUCCAACCCCAGUCUCUCAUCUACAGGGUCUGUUCCAUUCUGGUCCCUUACCCAUUAGCCCCCUGCUAUUUAAACACUCCUGGAGUUUAGGGGGAAGGAACACUGUGAAGAGUGAACGAAGGUUGAUUUUUGUUGUUUUAAAGUUGGUAAAUGCAUGGCCAUUCUUUUGAAGCGCUGUUGACCCUAUGCAGCCCCGCCCACUUUUCGCCUUCCAUGUAGAGAUGUUGGACUGAAAAAUGGCUUCCA